UAAUAUGCCUAUAAUUUACAAGAGGGGGUACUUGGUUUCCCCCUAAACAGCAGAGUGACAGACAAGGCUUCCGCUUGCUCUAAUUCCAGUCACAGUUUGCGGCCGUCCCUCAGUGGGAUUUCCUGUGUCAGGCCUCGUCUUCUGGCUCUGUCACUUCCUGUUUCAGGCCGGCCGGUCUCAGCUGCGCCUUCACUCGGUUUAGGCCUCUAGGGUCCCGAUGGAUUUUACCUAGCUUUGCCUAUUGUGGUGCGUCUUCCUCUUCCGUUCUACACGCACUUACUUAUACAAGUGCAGCGAUGGCCUCAGCCACUACUUGCCCCGCUCUCUGCUGCUGCCGCCGCCCUCUGCGCACUCGGCCUGUCACGGGCAGUCCUGUUGCCCCUGUCCCCCCAGACCCCGCGUCGGCCUCCAGUUUUCAGCUUUACCGCUUACACCACUUCCAUCUGGGCCUGGAGCUGCGACCGGAGACCCGGGAGUUGGCCGGUUGUUUAGUGUUGGAACUCAGCUGCCUCCUGCCAGGAGGACCGGCUCUUGUCCUGGACACACACCCAGCAACCAGGGUCAGUUCCGUAAGGUGCCGAAGAACAGGGGGAGGAGAGGGAGAGAGCAGCGAGUGCGCCUAUCAUCAGGCCUCCUACACCAGCUCACUGAGCAAGGACUGUGCCCAUUAUAACGAGUGCUCCUGGUCUCUGGAAGAAACUGCUGAUCUUCCUUCUGAAGACUGUCUGGCACUUCCUACGUCACCCUGUAGCCCCCAGACAUCUGAAGGUUUGUGGUAUGUGACUCCCGAGUCUCCCUUGCCAAAUCUGCCUCCUUCAAGGGUCUCUCCUGUGGUAACCCCGGAACCCCUCGACCUGUCUGUCUCACAGCCACUUGCACCUAGUUCUCUCAUGGACUCGUCUAAUGACAAGGCCUCGCCAUCUUUAAAUGGCCACUGUCCUCCAUCAAAUGCUUCCAGGCUUGGGUGCCUAAAUCCCCAGCCCUCCUUAUAUGGCUGUCCUCUGCCUGCUGAUUUUCCAUUCCAUUCCUCAUGUUGUUCUUUAUCCCCAGACUCCAUUGUUUCCUUUAUGCCCGAGGGCAACGGUGUUACACCUGCCACCAACCCAAACUUGCCCUCUGUGGACCUGCUGCCCAAUACUCUCAGUGCCCCGUGUGUUCUUUAUAGUGCCAAUAACUCCGUGCCCCCUUAUUCUACGUGUUGCUUCCCAUUGGACUUCAGGGUUGAAGAGUUCACAGACUAUGGUUCUGCACUUAACAUCUCUGUGCCCGAAAACCUACGAACCAAUGAAACGUUCCAGGUUAUUGUUCACUAUGUCACUGGCGAAGGUCCUGCGGUAUGGUGGUUGGAUCCCGAUCUUUCCUAUGGAGGCUCCCAGCUGUUUGUCUUCACUCAGGGACACUCUGUCUGCAACCGCUCCUUCUUCCCCUGCUUUGAUACUCCAGCUGUCAAGUGUACUUACUCUGCCUCCGUCAAGGCUCCUGCUGGAAUUCAAGUACUCAUGAGUUGCACUCAUAGUUAUUUCAUAGAGGAGAUAGGUGUCUCUCACUUCUACAUGGAGCAUCCUGUUCCUGCAUACUUGGUGGCACUAACAGCCGGUCACCUUCUACCUGCAGACAUCGGUCCCAGGAGUCGCGUAUGGGCUGAACCCGGUGUACUACAGUUAGCAGUGGGGAAGCUGGCUGGCCGAGUAGAACAAUGGCUGCAAGCAGCAGAGAAUCUUUAUGGUCCGUAUAUUUGGGGAAGGUAUGAUAUAGUCUUCCUGCCCCCUUCCUUCCCAAUUGUUGCUAUGGAAAAUCCAUGCCUGACCUUCGUUAUCUGCUCCAUUCUGGAUAGCGAGGACUUCCUGCUUAUAGAUGUCAUUCAUGAAAUUGCACAUGGCUGGUUUGGAAAUGCAGUGACAAAUGCAAGUUGGGAGGAAAUGUGGUUGAGCGAGGGCCUAGCAACCUAUGCCCAGCGUCGCAUCACUACUCGAGUAUAUGGUGCUGCUUUUACUUGCUUAGAAUCCAACUUCCGCCUGGAAGCUCUACAUAGACAGAUCCGAAUCCUUGGCCAUGAUACUCCAUUGAGCAGAUUACAGGCCAAACUGGAUCCAGGUGUGAACCCAAGUAACCUUAUGAACUUAUUCACUUAUGAGAAGGGCUUCUGCUUUGUGCACUAUCUGUCGCAGUUAUGCGGAGAUCCAGACAACUUUGAUUCCUUUCUCAGGGAUUACAUUGAGAAAUUCAAGUUCCGCAGUGUUGUGGCACAUGAACUUCUAGAGUCUUACCUUCACUUUUUUCCCCAUUUGAGAGAUGAAACCACAGGAAGAAGUGAAGGUCUGGAGUUUGAUCGUUGGUUAAAUGCCCCAGGACCUCCCCUUUCCCAGCCAGAUUUGUCUCAGGGAUCAGUAUUCACAGCACCUGUGGAGACCCUCACUCAGCUUUGGAUGUCUGAACCUCUGGAUGUUGAAGCUGCUUCUUCAUUUGCCAAUAUCUCAGACUGGCAAACCUUUCAAACCGUGCUUUUUUUAGACAAGCUACUUGAUAAAUCUCCGCUACGACCAGAGGUAAUGAUGCAACUAUCCCUGUGUUAUUCUGCUGAUUUGGCUACAAUGAAUACCGAAAUUAGGAUCCGAUGGUUGCAGAUUGUGGUGAGGAACAAUUAUCAACCAGAUUUGCCCCAAGUACGUCACUUCCUGCUCUGCCAGACGUCCAGGAUGUACACAAUCCCGCUGUACGAGGACCUAAGCUCUGGGCCUUUAAAAUCGUGUGCUCUAGAAAUCUUUUAUCAGACUCAUGGAAGGCUGCACCCAAACCUUCGCAAAACUAUACAGCAAAUCCUGGCUCAGGGUGGCUCAGCAGUGCAGCCGGAAUCUGCUGUCCCUGUCCUGGCAACGGAGCUCUGUGCCCAAAAUCCAACCUCUCUCAGGGACGUGAAUGUUACAGCGUGACACAGCUGAGCCUGCUGGUUUGUACCAGUAACUGAAUGCUAAUUUAAGCAGACUGUGCCUUGUGCUGUCUUUGUCUGUCAACAUUGGGGUUAUGCCUAAUGAACUUUGCACAGGAGGAGACAAGCCCUGUCUUUUGAAAACUCAGGAGGGGGAAGAAUGAAACCCCCAAGUUUAGAGAACUUUCCAUACUUAACCCUGAAGAAGGAAAAAUGCCAACUGUAUCUUACUGGGCUUGAAGAGUCUGCUAUAGGUUAGCUGGAUGCAUUUCAGAAUUUCUAUGCACCAUCCAAAUUCUUUUAAAGUUUACACCUAAAUGUGUUUAAAAACAAACUUCUUCAACUGUAAUUUGUACAUUUUAAAAUACUUUUGCAAUAUUGUGUUUAUAUUGGCACUGCCUUAUAUUGCAAACCUUUACAAAAUACAUUGAGAAAAUAAUCGACUACCUUGUGCUAUUUAGUCAGUGCGCUUAAUCACUGAUAAGGUGGUAAAUGAUUCAAUCUGAACAAAUCAGAUGGUCUUAGCAGAUUUAAAUUUCAUUUUUGUGGUGUAAAGUGACUUUUAAGCUUUUGUUUCAGUAAGAUAUUUUAUACGUGCAUACACCACCUGCUGCUGAGGAUAGACCCUCUACUUUGUAUUACCAUUUUCUUUUACCUUUUUGAUCCCUCUCUAAUUUCUUUAUAUUUUUAAUUAGCAUUUUGUUUGCACUCAUUCUUGGAGGGCCUGGAUUGCUCUCCCAUAGUAUCCCUGUGCCCUCUUAUUUGCAAACCGCAAGCAAUAACACUGGAGUUUGGCUUCUUGAAUUGUUUACCCCAAUAUUUUGUGUGGAAGCCCAGGCUGGAUAUAGCCACUUCAGCUAUUUUUCCUGUGGUGGUUAUCCCUGUGACUGCUGAUUGCUUUGCCAGUAUCUGUAUUGAUAGUGUUUGCUGAGGAAAUUCUAUCUUUUGCACCUCAGAGCUGAUUUGCACAGGCUGAUUUGAGCCAUGAACCCAUCAGAGUGACAGCUCUGCGUACAUUUUGUAUACUUUUUGAAUAUGAUUAUUUCCAAUUCUAUACCUAAUACAUUAUGAAACCCCACCUACAAUUUUUUUUUUAAUUUUUUUUUUUUGCUGUGGCUUAGAUGGGCUUUUUUUAAAGCUCACAUUUUUUAGCUGGAGGUGAAAUAACCUAUUUUGUAAACCAGAAUUACACUGACUGUUUCAUUUUUAAAGUCAUUUUAAACUGAAAUUAAUAAACAGUGCUGGACGUUA